AUGACGACAGUGAGUGUGAACGCAGGGACAACCGUUGGUUUGAACCAAACCUCGAUUAAUGGCACAGAGACCGAUGUCAGUCCAGAUUCUACUCUAAUAGCAGAUAAUGGAGGCAACUCUACUUCGGUGCCCGUUGAAGUCACAGGGGCGGUGGACGGCAUCGAUGGUGGUUUGGUGUAUUCAGACGACAUCGUCAUUAUGAUAGCGAUUGGUGUUGGCUAUGUUAUUGCUUUGAUAUGUUUCGUUGCUAUAGUUAUUGUUGUGUGCCACUACAGGUCAAAGAUGAAGGUACUCGGGAGCAUUAGACCACGCAAUGUACCGGUGAUAAGAAAACCGUUGACGGUAAGCAAGGCAAUUCAAACCGACUCAUCAUAUUUACUAGACGAGACGAAUCGGACACACUUACCACACCAACCAGUUGCUAGAAAACCAACCGUUCCGGAAGAAGAGUACGAUCCACAUCAACACUGGAGUCGGGGAAUUGCGAAUAAUAACCCUCCGAAUCAGUUCAGAAACUUGCCUGCAAACGUGCUGAUCAAGCAAGGACUUUAUUAUAUUUACUAA